AUGGACGACACCACCACCACCAACAACGGCGAUGAAGCCGAUGAUCCCGAAUCCCACCUUCAGGAUGUAGUCAACGAUGUGGAUCUGGACAGUGCGACGGAAGAAGAGCCCUUGACUCUCGACCCAACGCAAGACCCCUCCCUCGUCGGCCUUCGCGAAAUCUCUUCCCUCGCCUCCUGGUCCGUCUCGACCCACAAGCCCUCCUGCGGCGUCGACGCCCUCCGCAACCUCAAUCCGAGCCAAUUCUGGCAGUCGGACGGUCCGCAGCCGCACUUGCUCACCAUACACUUUUUCAAGUUGGUCAAGAUUGUCAAGAUGAGGGUCUACUUGGAUUUUCAGCUGGAUGAGAGUUAUACGCCUACGAAGAUGCAGUUUUGGGGUGGGACUGGGAUGUAUGAUCUUGUCUCGUUCUACGAAUGGCGUGGUGAAGAGCCGCGGGGCUGGAUUGAUGUCGAUCUUGAGGGCGUCGGUGUGGGUGGCAAGGCUGAGCUGAGGGCAUUUGUGGUGCAGGUACGCGUGUUGGAGAACCAUCAGAAUGGAAAGGAUACGCAUGUUCGUGGCGUGCAGAUCUUCGCGCAGGACGACAAGAUUAAAAAGCCGAGAGCCGCAGUGGCUGACGAAGAUGGUAAAAACACGAAUGGUGUUGAGGGAAUUGAGGUUAUGGGCAUGGAAGAACCGGAUUGGAUGCAAGAUCCCGAAAUUCGAUGA